UGCCCAAACUUUCAGAAGUUGAGAGAAGAAAAAAAAGUUAGUUAAGUUAGUGAGAGGGCUGUGAUUUUCAAUGCGCAGUACAGUCAUUACCAAUGUCUGCGUUAGAGGAGCCGUAAACUUUUGGGAAAGUCACACGGACAGCGCUUUUAAAGAGUUCAGAUACUUCAGAAAAAGUUUAAACGACUAAGUUUAGUAGAUAUGCGCGUUUCCACAUUUAUUGGGGUGUUCUCGGGAAGCAGAAAAACACAGCGUUGCCUACUUUUUUCGCAAGGCUUGGAUAAUUAAUAAAGCGGACGGACAGAAAACAGCUUUGAGCUGUUUGGAUUUAACCUUUUGGCAUUUUAUGGUUGCAGCCAAUUUUCCUGUUUCCACUAUUUCAGUCGGAUAGAAAGAAGAGCUACGUUUUAUCUGGAGUCAUGGAUCCGAGCCAGCACAACCCUCCUGCCGGCCAUCAGAUCGUCCAUGUUCGGGGAGACUCCGAGACCGAUCUGGAGGCUCUUUUUAACGCUGUGAUGAACCCGAAAAACGCCAUCAUCCCCCCUUCCGUGCCGAUGAGGUUGAGAAAGCUGCCAGACUCAUUCUUCAAGCCGCCAGAGCCAAAGUCCCACUCCAGACAAGCCAGCACGGAUGCAGGUACUGCUGGUACCCUCACGCCCCAGCACAUCAGGGCACACUCCUCACCCGCCUCCCUGCAGCUGGGUGCAGUUUCUCCUGGCACACUGAGCAGCAUGGUUCCAGCAAACGCCCCACCUCAGCACCUCCGCCAGUCUUCUUACGAAAUACCUGAUGAUGUGCCGCUGCCCCCAGGCUGGGAGAUGGCCAAGACCCCUUCAGGCCAGAGAUACUUCCUAAACCAUAAUGACCAGACGACCACCUGGCAGGAUCCACGUAAGGCCCUCCUUCAGAUGAACCAGGCCGCCCCGGCCAGCCCAGUGCCUGUGCAGCAGCAGAACAUCAUGAACCCUGCCUCAGGUCCUCUUCCUGAUGGUUGGGAGCAAGCUAUUACCUCAGAAGGAGAGAUCUACUACAUCAAUCACAAGAACAAAACCACCUCUUGGCUGGACCCACGACUUGACCCGCGUUACGCUAUGAACCAGCAGCGAAUUUCCCAGAGUGCUCCAGUGAAGCAAGGCUCCCAGUUGCCCUCCAGUCCACAGAGUGGAGUGCUGGGUGGAAACAACCAGAUCAGGCUGCAGCAGAUCCAGAUGGAGAAAGAGAGACUGAGGAUCAAACAAGAGCUCCUUCGCCAGAGACCCCAGGAGCUCGCCCUGAGAAACCAGCUGCCGACCAGCAUGGAGCAGGAUGGCGGCACUCAAAAUCCUGUGUCCUCACCCAGCAUGGGACAAGACGCACGUAACAUGACCACCAACAGCUCUGACCCGUUCCUGAACAGUGGGACAUAUCACUCCAGAGACGAGAGCACAGACAGUGGCCUGAGCAUGAGCAGUUACAGCGUCCCCCGCACUCCUGACGACUUCCUCAACAGCGUGGACGAGAUGGACACAGGCGAUACCCUCGGCCCCAGCUCCAUGGCAACACAGCCCAGCCGUUUCCCCGACUACCUAGACGCGAUCCCGGGCACAGACGUGGACCUGGGCACCCUGGAGGGGGAGAGCAUGGCGGUGGAGGGUGAGGAGCUGAUGCCCAGCCUGCAGGAAGCCCUGAGCUCCGACAUCCUCAACGACAUGGAGUCAGUGCUGGCAGCUACCAAGAUCGACAAGGAGAACUUUCUAACCUGGCUAUAGAGCGCCGGGAUCCAGCACUACGCCUUCUCUUCCAACAUGCUGAACUGCUGCCUAAUCCAAUCUGUGAAGGAUGUGUAGAUGCGCUGAGUUGAGAAAAGAAAAGACAUUUCACCCUACUGGACAGUUUUUUUUUUGUUUUGUUUUUUUCUCGUUAUCUUCUAUUCACUACGUUUGGCCGAAUUGGUUUUAAAAGCAGAGGUAUUUUAACCUUUGGUCCUUUUGGGCUUCUUUUUUGUUUUCUUAUGUCUUUUUUCAUGUCUGCAUCCUCAAGGCUGGCCCAUGAACAGACAAGUAUCCACAAGUACCCAAAUCUCUUUCACGGCUGUACUGCGUGCAAGUAUGCGAAUGUGAAGUUGUGUGCGCGAAGUGUCGUUUCUCGCCUCGCUGGGCGAACAGGGCCGAGAGGGGUCCGAGAGAAAUAAAGACAGACGAACCCAGAAAUCAACCUCCUGUGACUGCAGCUCCUGUCUCAGAACAUCCCUGAUCUCAGCUCGCCUACAACUGACUGUUUUUUUGAGCCUGAGAAACCAAAAAGCGAUGAGGAGGUCGUCUGUACGUGAUGGGAUUGUGAUUGAAAGGUCUAAAUCGUAAGGGUGUCAACGUGUGGCUUUGGUUAAACAAAUACUGCUGCUUGGCUGUGCCAGCAUAUCACACUAGAAACUGUGUAAUCAAGUGCCUUCAGACAAAAAAAUUGAAACAUGUUCCUGUCGUUUUUACGCUAGCGAUCAUAGAUCAAAUUUGACGUUUGCUUUUACUUACUCACUUCAUUAAUCAAAGUAUAUUUCUUUGAAAGGUUUUAUAAAAAAUAAUGUGUUGGGAAUUAGGGUUUGAUUUUUUUUUUUUUUUUUUUUUCUUUAAAGGACCCUUGCCUCUUUGUGUGUUAGUUUUAUUUAAGCCUGAUUCUGAUUUCUUGAGGGUUAUGGCAUUCAUGUGUGAUCAAAGAACAAAUCGGGUCUGUUUUUGCUCUCAUUUUAAAAGUUUUAUACAGAACAACUAUUCUAAGAGCUGCCUUUAUAGUACAUGAACUGAUUCACAAAGAACACUAACUAGAUGGACGCUAUCAUUUCCGCUACAUCAUAAUCAUUCUGAGGAUGGGUAUCAAAAAAUAUCUUUUUUUUUUUUUUUUUGCUGAUCUUACGAUUUUAGUAUCUCAGUCGAUAUGUUGUUGCUUACUUGCUUAUUUUAGUGAAAAUCUCAGAUUUUUUUUAAAAAUCCAAAAGCAAUGAACAAAAUAUCAAGGGCACUUUGAUCAAUAGACAGACAUCUCUGAUAUGAGCUCCAGUAGAGUCUGUGCCAGUUGAUGGUGUUUGGUGCUGAGACGGAUAUCGGGCAGGAAAAGGAAGGUUCUGAUACGUUUAGAUGGGUAGAUGAGCAUGUCUUGAGGGUUAGUGCUGUAGAUUAGCUGUUAGCUUGGAUUCGAAUUUGGUAACUGUGGAUAUGAAUGAUAGAGUAGGCUUUUAUGGAAACAAUCAGUUAUCGUUUCUGUCAGGAUUUCUUCGAGGCUUCCAAAGACGUAUUUUUUUUUAUCGUACUUUUAUGUAAACGUAAGACAUAAGCUAAUGAGAAAAGGUCUAAGUGAUUUGUGAGGAGAUUUCUAAUGAAGCAAGAUUUGACAGGUCCUCUUAUGCUGGUUCUGAAGUCAGUACUAAUAAAACACAUUAGGCAGGUUACCUAGGUUUACAUUAUUUCACUAGAGCAGAACACUACAGGGACUUUGCCCAUUACAGAUUUGCUGCGGAUGCUUUGAAUUCAGUAAUAUGAAUAUUUCCUCUUGUUUACAAUUUAUGAAUACCUUUACACUACAUGAUUAUGGUUCAGUAACUGGCCCGUACACUAAAUGUGUGUUGUACUGAUUUUUUGUUUCUUAAAAAAGGUGAAGUUUCAUCAGUAUAAUGUCUGUGGUCUGUUGGGGUGAAUAUACCGCUAAGGUUUAUAAUUCAAUUGCCUCUGUAAGCAAAAAUUUUAUGAUCAAAAACCGCAAACUAGGCCAUAGUAAUGAAAGUUAGAGGUUAUAGAGAAAUUAAAAGUGGUGAGGGAAAAAAAAGACAAGCUAAGAGAAAUAUAUUUUUGCAAACAUAGUAUUGAUGGCAGACUCUAGUGGGGUAAAACAGUGUUGGAGAGAGCAAUGCAACAAAAUGUUUUAUGAAUUGUGGGUACAGUGAUGGUAUUGCACGUUUAUAGAACAUUGACUAAAAUGUGUAUGUAUGUCACUUAAAACAUGAUUUUAUGCUUGCUUAGUGUGCAACUGUUCAGAAUAUAUAGUAACUGUUUACUUUUUUUUUUAUUUUAUUUUUUUUGUAGUGGUAGUACUAAUCACACAAGUUAAUGGAUUGGUAUUUAGAUUUCUUUUAAAUGCACCCAGAAUGAAUUUAUAUCCAUUUAUUAUGAUCUCUCUCUCUUUUUUUUUU